AUGUCAGCGCCCAAGCCCGUCGCCCACUACUCUGGCAAGCCUGGGCUAGCACCCCCCGACGGGUACGUCUCGCAGUUCGAUAACCCUCCGAAUCGCAAUACCGAGGCCUUAGCUGGCAUCAUCAUCUGCAUCUUCCUCGCGUCGUUCUGUGUCAUCACCCGCGGGACAUAUCUCAUUUCGACGCGACAGAGGUUGACUGUAGGAGACUGCCUCCUGCCCGACGUCGCACGAACGACACUUAGUCCUCAGGGAGAGCCAGUCGCUCUUUACUCGGCAUACAUCGCUCUAUUAUUUUGGUUCAAGGAAGCGUGCGGAUUCUAUGUUCACCAAUGGGACAAACAUAUCGAGGACUUGCCGCUUGUGUUAUAUGUCGUCCACAAUGACAGCGUCAUCUACGAAGCCACGAUGGCUAGCAUAAAAAUCGCAAUCCUUCUCGAAUGGCUGCGGAUUUUCGUGCCGACGGGAACCCGCGGUUGGUUUUGGAGGAUUUCUUGGUCAUUGCUCAUCUUGGUCUCCAUGUACUAUGUUGGGGCCAUCUUGACGCUCGUCUUCUCGUGUAUCCCCCAUGAGAAGAUAUGGAAUACGACCAUGCCCGGGCGCUGCUCGGAUACUUCACUGAUCUUCAUCACCAGCGCCUCGAUCAAUCUGGUGUCCGACGUCAUCAUGCUGAUUCUCCCUCAGAAGAAGAUCUGGGGCUUGAAGUUGACGUUGCAAAGAAAGUUUCACAUCUCUUUGGCCUUCUCUAUCGGUCUCAUGGCAUGUGCCUGCGCCGCUGUUCGACUUCAAGCCGGCCUCCAUCUCUACCACUCGGAAGACCGUACCUAUUCCAUCGCACCCAUCGCUCUGUGGUGCAUGGCCGAGAUGACCUGCGGUUACCUGAUUUACAGUCUUCCCUGUGCGCCCAAGGUGUACGGUCCGAAGGGGUGGAUUGGCAAAUUCGUUGUCAGGGCCGGGUUCAUGUCGUCGGGCGGUUCUACAUCUCAAGGCUUGUCUCAAUCGUCCCAUUGGCGAAGCAAGAAUCCCAAUUCGUCCACGAAUGGGUACUAUCAAGUCGACGACACUGUGCAGUUGCAAGCACUGCCCCCGGCAAGGUCCAAUCAUAAUAAGAUGGAUCCGGAGGAUGGCAUUGUGCGCACAACGAGGAUAGAGGCUACCAAUGAACCCCGAAUGUACGGCACCGGAGCGGACCGCGAUCCUCGUUGGUAG